AGACCAACAACAUACUGAGGACAACCCUUGCCGGUUUUCUGUCCAAGCGUUAGAAUCUCUGCUUUUCAAAGUUGGGAAUGAGAGACUGGUGAGAGUGCUUGGGAAGCAGAAAGCAUGGAUUCUGCUUGAAAACCCCCAGACUCACCAUGAGGGAGUGUGUCUGCUGGUGAGUGUUCUGCUAAGAUCUGGACUAGUAACACCUGAGAUCAUACAGCGCCUCCUCCCCUGGGUGAAUUCCCCAAUGGAAAACUUCCGACUCACCAGCACAGCUUUCCUUGCCCAGCUAAUGAGUGAUCCCAUGCUGAGGGAGAAGAAGUUGCUUAAGAUUGUCUUAAGCAUCUUGGAAGAAAGGUCACAGGAUAGAAACAGCAUUGUCCAUCAGAUGGCUGUAAGAGGCCUGGGAAAUAUAGUCGAUGGGGCGCCUGUGAAGGUGAAAAAGCACAAGAAGUUUCUUCUGGACAUACUGAUCAAGGCCUUAAAUGACACUUCCAGUUCUGAAGUGAUUGGCGAGAGCAUGAAAGCACUGGCCAAAGUCCUGAAGGAGCUGAAAGAGAAGGACAUUGGUUCUUCCUUCAAAGACCUCACCCAACAGAUCCAGACCUACUUUGACAAUGAGGACGAUGCUCUUCGCUCAAUGGCCUUUGUCCUAUUUGGCAUCUUGGCUCAGUUAACAAAGAAAAAAUGGAAGGCCUAUUUUGCUGAGCAGGUUCGAAAGAGCUGGGUCACACUUCUGCUGCAUCUGCAAGACCCAAGCCCCAAGGUUUCAAUGGUAAGACCAACAGUAACUUAUUUACUAAGCCAAAGGAAUCUUCCUCCCAAUGCCAGGGGAGCUCUGCUAUUCCUGCCUGUUAUGGAGGCCCAAAUUCUCCCCUCAGUUCAUUGCCCUCCUGCUGAGUCAGUUCCAGCCAGGUUGGUCCAUGAGAAUGCAGAGCUGCUGGAGAACUUGUACAGAACCACCAUCACAUACUUCAGUAACAGCUGGGAGGAGAUCCGGGCAGUUGCCGCCAACUUAGCUGGUGAGAGAUGA